UCCCGAUGCCCGAGCUCUCGUUUGCUUCACACUGACAUCAUAGCGGAUUACAAUGUCAAAUAUUUUGGAAGCAGCACUAGCCUCCGGUUUUACACCCCGCGAUAGAGAUUCGUCGUUUAUAUUCCAGUCAUUUGAAAUAUAAAGUUGCAAUAUUUUUCGCAUGAAACAUUUUUGGGGGAUGGAAUGAUACAUUCAAGUUAAGGUUCCACAAGGUUUGCAUACUGAACCCGAGCCUGACCCCUGUGUCCCCUGUCUACGGGUCUAUGUAACAGAGAGUGGGUCAGGUCAGGGAUGCUGCAGCAUUGGAGGGAAUCUGACUCUCAUGGCCUGUUUUCAUCUGGAGAGACCUCCGACAAUGACUGUGAGAUGGGGGCAAGUUGUGGAGAAGUUGGCGUAGUGUGUUUGUGUGAGACUGGACCCUGCACACUAUACUCUGAAGCACACACACAGACACCGGACACACUGAAAUGUGAACACUGUGGGAAAAACAGGGUAGUGAUAACCAGGUACUCAGAGGGAUAUGGCACAGAGGAAGAGUGUGCCCUGUCCGAUCCUCAGGGUGACAGCGAUGCAGACGCUGACAUCGAGGACACAGAUUGCAGACUACAGGAGCCAGGUUCUCUCCAGCGAAUCAGUUCGCGGAGACGGAAGCGACCACGAAUAGCACGGCAGGACACCACGGAGAGUGAGGACGAUGGGGGGAGGAGUCACAGGAGUCACCGCUGGAACCUCAGACUCAGUCCCCACCGGGCUCACAACAGAACCUUACUAGAGGAGAGUGUAUCACAGGUCAGACCGUUAGUGAUCUGUCGGCCCAGUAUCAGAGGAGACGGUCAGGGGCCUCCAGUCGAAGGGCCCAGAACUGGCCCAAAAUGGCUCUGGUUCCUGUGGCCCUCGUCUCUCUCCCUGCCUGUCGUUCUCCUCCUCUCCAUCCCUCUCUCUCUCUCCUUAGUCAUCGUCAUCAUAUCUUUCCUGAUGCCUCGGGCCAGUACUUGACCUCACUUCUCUGUUUUAUUUAAUUCAUUGUAAUAUUUUUCAUGGAGUAAUAUAAUUAUGCUUUAAUCACCUCGCGUCACCACAUCAUGUUGUUAAUUAAUGUGUGUAUACUGUAAACAAAUCAUAUUAGACCAUAAGUCAUAGCAGCAUCAGACCAUAAACCAUAGCAGCAUCAGACCAUAAGCCAUAGCAGCAUCAGACCAUAAACCAUAGCAGCAUCAGACCAUAAGCCAUAGCAGCAUCAGACCAUAAGCCAUAACAGCAUCAGACCAUAAGCCAUAGCAGCAUCAGACCAUAAGCCAUAGCAGCAUCAGACCAUAAGCCAUAGCAGCAUCAGACCAUAAGCCAUAACAGCAUCAGACCAUAAGCCAUAGCAGCAUCAGACCAUAAGCCAUAGCAGCAUCAGACCAUAAGCCAUAGCAGCAUCAGACCAUAAGCCAUAACAGCAUCAGACCAUAAGCCAUAGCAGCAUCAGACCAUAAGCCAUAGCAGCAUCAGACCAUAAGCCAUAGCAGCAUCAGACCAUAAGCCAUAGCAGCAUCAGACCAUAAGCCAUAGCAGCAUCAGACCAUAAACCAUAACAGCAUCAGACCAUAAGCCAUAGCAGCAUCAGACCAUAAGCCAUAACAGCAUCAGACCAUAAGCCAUAGCAGCAUCAGACCAUAAGCCAUAACAGCAUCAGACCAUAAGCCAUAGCAGCAUCAGACCAUAAGCCAUAACAGCAUCAGACCAUAAGCCAUAGCAGCAUCAGACCAUAAGCCAUAACAGCAUCAGACCAUAAGCCAUAACAGCAUCAGACCAUAAGCCAUAGCAGCAUCAGACCAUAAGCCAUAACAGCAUCAGACCAUAAGCCAUAACAGCAUCAGACCAUAAGCCAUAGCAGCAUCAGACCAUAAGCCAUAGCAGCAUCAGACCAUAAGCCAUAACAGCAUCAGACCAUAAACCAUAGCAGCAUCAGACCAUAAGCCAUAACAGCAUCAGACCAUAAGCCAUAGCAGCAUCAGACCAUAAGCCAUAACAGCAUCAGACCAUAAGCCAUAGCAGCAUCAGACCAUAAGCCAUAACAGCAUCAGACCAUAAAUCAUAGCAGCAUCAGACCAUAAGCCAUAGCAGCAUCAGACCAUAAGCCAUAGCAGCAUCAGACCAUAAGCCAUAGCAGCAUCAGACCAUAAGCCAUAACAGCAUCAGACCAUAAGCCAUAGCAGCAUCAGACCAUAAGCCAUAGCAGCAUCAGACCAUAAGCCAUAGCAGCAUCAGACCAUAAGCCAUAGCAGCAUCAGACCAUAAGCCAUAACAGCAUCAGACCAUAAACCAUAGCAGCAUCAGACCAUAAGCCAUAGCAGCAUCAGACCAUAAGCCAUAACAGCAUCAGACCAUAAACCAUAACAGCAUCAGACCAUAAGCCAUAGCAGCAUCAGACCAUAAGCCAUAGCAGCAUCAGACCAUAAGCCAUAGCAGCAUCAGACCAUAAGCCAUAACAGCAUCAGACCAUAAAUCAUAGCAGCAUCAGACCAUAAGCCAUAGCAGCAUCAUCGCCCUUUUCCACAACAAUAUUUCUGAACAGGCAGCUUGUGCUCUUCAUAUCUCUUUCUGUCUCUCUCCCUCUCCCACUCAUUUGCAAAAAUAGACCCCUUGGCUUGCUGGUUAUGCUGAAGAUGGUGUGAUAUGUGGGUGGCAAAGGGUUUUAGGGUUACACGUGUUUUGUAGGCUCAAUAGAAAUACAUGUAAAUUACCGACCUAUGCAAUCUACUGUUCCUGCUCUGUCUGUCUGUCUGUCUGUCUGUCUGUCUGUCUGUCUGUCUGUCUGUCUGUCUGUCUGUCUGUCUGUCUGUCUGUCUGUCUGUCUAUUUGUCUGUCUAUUUGUCUGUCUGUCUAUUUGUCUGCCUCUGUCUGUCUGGUAACUGAAUCCAUGCUCUGUCCUUGGCACAUGAGUGAGUGCCCCCCCUCCACACUCUCUCACCCUCUUGUCUCUGAGGUAUUUAGCCUGUGAAUCCAGGGACCCAUAGAUCUAAAUGACAAUUUGGCCUAAUUGAAUGGAAGCAGGAUUGCAUAGACAGCUACUCUGUGCAAUGGCUACGUCUGAGACGGCACCCUAUUUGCUAUAUGUAGGGAAUAGGGUGCUAUGUCAUUCACAGGACUGUAACUAGGUAAGACAGAUAAUCCAGUACACGUAAACCUGUAUUGUACUGUAAGUGUUUGGUUAUGAGGGGACCACCUACUCCUGCUUGUCAACCAGGUUAUUACACGUUUUAUGUUUACUGUAUGAAGGAUGUAUUCACCUCCGGCUUAUAAAGUAUGUCUGAAAUCCACUGCUGUGAUCCACUGUAUCUGGGUCAGAGGAGGCUGGUGGAAGGAGCUAUAUAGGAGGACGGGCUCAUGGUAAUGGCUGGAGUGGAAUAAACCACAUGUUUGACUCCGUUCCAUUGAUUCCAUUCCAGCCAUUAGAAUGAGCCCUUUCCAUAGCUCCCCACCAGCCUCCAGUGAUCUGGGUGUUAGUUAAUUUACAUUUAUAACCCCCCAAAAUUAUCACAAUGUAUGUUCAUCUUUAUGCUUCAUUGGGGCCACAGUAAUCAAAUAAAGCUAUAUUGUAUUU